GCUGUUAAUGGCAUGACGACCAUUUUUGAGUGCUAUACGCGUUAACCGUCAAGACGGAUAUGAAACUGAUAUAGACGUUUAAGUAAACACUCCAACAAGAACUACUUUUGGUUUUAUUGUAUAUAUAUAUAUAUAUAUAUAUAUACAUACAAGAAACUGUUCUAGCAGCAACUUAACCGUUGCUGCUAGAACAGUUCCUUAGGAUCCUCUCAAUGCAACUCAACUAAAUUUGUAUAUACCAAAAGACUGCCAAAGGAUAACAAAGGACUCCCCGAGGAUAUCACAGGACUGACAGCCCAAUACACUGACAUCACUUGGUAAAUGAGACAUUUGUCUGUGGAUGUGUCGACGUCAUGGUGACCGUGUUGUUUUCGUGUAAUCUAGUUUUUAUUAGUUAUUUAGUGGUUUUGGCUCUCGCUAGUAGGAUAUGUGUCGCUCGAAAAUUCGCCGCGCAAUCUGGUCGUACGUAGGUGCAUACGAGAGCGUACGGCCUGCAAUGUAAAUGCUUCUAUUAUUAUUCACGACCUCACUGGUGGGGACGCCAACAGCCGCUUUUGGAUACGGUACUUUUGAGGAUACACUGGCCACGCAAACUCGACAGCGUGAAAAACUGCGCAAAAAGGGAGAAAGUGGAAGAAAAGAAGCAAAGAACUUGCAAAGUGUACAUAGACCUGCAGUGUAAUGGAAGUUUAUUAGGUCAUUGUUUUGAUCCAUAAGUUGUACUCGAAACAAGGAAGAUAAGUACGGGGUGCGAACAACAGAAACGACCGCAAUUUUGUUGUUUUCAAGUCUUCGUUCGAAUUUUGUGACGCAAUCAUUGCCCGUAGAAGUAUACUUCGCCGAGGCAGAAUGGCUAUUAGUGGAGAUGGUGAACCGGGCGAGACGUCGAGCAAUACCGUCGGACACGAGGUCCACGUAGGUAACCAUCAGCAUAAGCCUUCGACAGAUAAAGUUAAUCAAAACAACGAAAAUUUGAAGCAAGAAAACCGAAAGCAGAAAAAUCAGAACCAAAAUCAAAACCGCCAGACGAAAACUGUCUCCAUAAUACCAGCAUCGGUAACUUGCGAACGCAACUUAAUGAACAGGGCCACUGAUAACCACAAAGCAGAUAGCGAUUUCGGCAACGGUGGUCGGAGAACUGCUACCGUUACGUCCACCGCAUUAGCUUGUCGACAACUAUCGAUGACGCUCAGGGACGAGGAGCUAAACGAGAUUCGACCAGUUGAUGAUGAUCCGCCGAAGGGUGGAAAGAACUCGUGUUACAAAUCAUCAUCAGGCGCCACCGAUGCAUCGAGCUUGACUUGCAGUGGAGGUAGCGACCUGGCUUCGUCUUCAUCAUCGGCGACUUUAACAAAACGACCAAUAAAAGGUUCGAUAACAAGUGACGGCAAACCAAAUGACAACGAUGGCAACAUGGGGGGUUUUAAUGAGGACGAUAUUCGACACAUUGAUUCGGCUAUCGAGGGCAGCCCCGUUGAGGGUCAAUGUCCACUAUUAAGCAAUGGUGACCUCCGAGAUAGCUCGUCUACGAUUCACUACCAUCAGCGCCAGCAGGAACAACCCCAAUGUCAUCAUGAACAUCAUCACGAGGAUCAGCCAACAGGACUCGCUCUACAGGGAGAUCAACCCGAAGAAGAGGUUCGCUGCGAAUGCAACAACAUGCCAUCCACCGUCUACAAGAAACAAAGUCCAAAUGCGCGACUGACUUUGUACCUGAGUACCCGGGAAUUUGUGCAUUUCGGCGAUGGAAAGGCGAGUGUUAACUACCAGUUGUUAUAA